AACGGCGGUGUUACAGCAUUUUAGAUGCCCGAGAGGGAGUUGACGCGAGUUCAGGCUUUCGGUAUCCUCGUUGGUGACCAUUAUAUGGCAGAAGCGCUGCAUGGGACAGGAACACGUAGUUGAAAAGUGUUUUUCUUCUUGGCGACAGUUAGAUUUUUGGACUUCUUCACGACUGUUUUGCAACACCAUCUCAAGUCUGGUGCGGUUCGCUGAUCGUGUGGGAUCCGGCUGGGAAUGUGUUUGGUUGGGUGCAACAGCCAGUCAGAAAUGCAGGAAUCAGCUCAGCAGAAGCAGCAAGCGCCAAGCAAAACUGCCUCUGCCCCACAACUCAGCUCCCUUUUACUGUUCAUAGCCAUGUUACUUGUGGCGACCAUAUCUCUGUUCUUACUUGUCUUGCCAACCGAAGAGAAAAACAAAAAUUUUUACUCAUUUAAGAUUGUGAACAUUAGAGGGAAGCUAAUUUCACUAGAGAAGUACAAAGGAUCGAUCUCAUUAGUUGUUAAUGUUGCCAGUGAGUGUGGCUUCACAGAAAAUCACUACAAAGACCUACAACAAUUACAGCAGGAACUGGGACCAAUGCAUUUUAAUGUCCUGGGAUUCCCCUGUAAUCAGUUUGGGAAUCAAGAGCCAGGCUCUGACCAAGAGAUUGAAAGGUUUGUGCGAAGGACCUAUGGAGUUUCCUUUCCAAUGUUCAGUAAGAUCAAUGUCAAAGGUCCUGGUGCAAAUGCAGCAUUCAAGUAUUUAACAGAUUCCUCUGGAAAGGAACCAAACUGGAAUUUCUGGAAGUAUCUUGUGGAUGCAAAUGGUGAAGUGGUGGAUGUUUGGGAAACAUCUGUUUCAGUUGCAGAAAUAAAACCAAAAAUUGCAACGUUAGUGAGGCAACUCAUCGUGAAAGGAAAAGAUGAAUUGUAAUUUAACUCCAAACUCUGUGAUAUCUAAUGCUACCUUUUUCAAGUUUACACCACAUUUUAAUAAUUUUUUUUGUGUUAGCAUUUCUAUCCUUUGAAGUCCACUAAAUCAUUCCCUGUGACACUAUAUUUUCUUCGGCUUGGUUAUGCCUUCCUACUGCAAUAAAAAUGGUUGAAGAAGUGGAACAAACUGUAUAUCAUUUAUUCACCUUUGAUUGAGAUAGAACUCAAGUUUA